AUGCUUGGUCUUUCGGCGCUGGCCAAGUCCACUGGGGACCGGCCAAUCAAGAGUGUAUGUCGCGGGCGAUUAGUGUUUACGGCUUUUGAGAGAAAGAUCUUCCAGGGGGGUGUGGACUGCAAGGAGUUUUGCUCCCUCCCGGCCGAUAUCGAUCAUCUUGUACUCAAUUCCUCAGCCACUCUUUUAGCAGCUGGUUGUGAAGACAGAGUGCACAUCUUUAAUGUCAAGACGGGGGCAGUAGAAGCAACUUGCAAAUUCCGAUCCGCUCCAAUUGACCUUGCCUGGCAUCCUUUAGGCGUCAACGAUGCGUGCAUUGUCGCCUUGAUCCCAGGUGCGGUUGUGACCUACAAUCUAAGCAGUAAGGGCUCGGUUUCGGAAACGCUACAUUUGGCAAGAGACCAUACUGGCACAUUUGAUGCUACGACGACUGCGGGUGAUGCGGUUUCCCUCGCCUUUGGUAAAGACAACACGACUGGCCCUAUGACCCUUUUCCUGGCGACAUCCGAUGGUGAUAUUUACGGUGUCUGCCCUUUUCUCCCGGCCGAAUUCAAGCUGAGCCGUCACCAGAUUGCUAAUCUUCUCAAUUAUGCUUUGGCAACUGAUUUCCAUCUUCGAAGUGCCCCUCUUAGCCUUGACGGUGUCGACCAGAUUCGGGCUGAGCAGAACGUUGCCAAACGCCAAUUGAACUGGGUCCAAGAAAUUAUGAAAGAGGCCAGUGAGUUCACAAAGGAAGAGGAUGUAGUCCUGCUCCGUCCGUCUAGGCCGGUUGUUGCUAUUCAAGGCCCGCUGAGCAUCGCACCUUUUCCUGACGUAUUGUACGAUGAUGAAGUUCUGGAUCUGGCAAUUGGUCAGAUAGAAAACGCCAUGGUUUUUGUUCAGCUCAUGAAAACACACGUCAACUUUUAUCUUAUGGACACUCCUUUGAAUCUGUCGUGGUCCUCUAGCGUUGCUGAGCCCCAUCCGUUGGCUCUCAUUGAGUCAAUAACGACCCCGGCAACAGAAAAUGGCAAGCUACAUCUUCAUGGCCAGAUGGUUUUUGUUCAAAUUGAUACAUCUACAAUAGUUCUGCAAACAUCAGGAUGGCAAGAUACUCUUUCUAGUGCUAUUCAAUCUGGCGCAGAUCUACCGGCCAGUCUUCCCCAGACUACACAACAAGUUCUUCCCAAGAGUCUGAUUGUCGAGCACCAAACCUAUAUGCUUACCAGGCCGUUGAGCGAGGCAGCAUCACAAAAAUGGUUUUAUCGGUCAGGCAUAGAACCCUCGGAUAUCAUCAAAGCCCUGCCUAAUCCCGAACCCGUUGCUUACCCUUCGCUCCUUGACAGUAAGGUCAUGGAAUCUGUCAAUGACUUUAUGAGCAAACUCAGUCUCGAUAACACAGUGCCUGGUCCGAUCAGCCUCAGCAACGAUGAGGAGUCGUUGGCCAAGCUUAACGAUCUUACCACCAAAUUCGAGCGGGACAUGGCGCGUUUGUACAAGGCAAUCAGCAUCGCAGUAAACCAUGUCCAUGUUUUGAGAUCGGAACUGUACAGACAACUCACUAAGGUACACUCACUAGACUCUUCUUUGCAAAAGCUUGACCGCCGGCCGGUCCUUGAAAAGCUGGAAAAGUGUAAGACUCGUCAAUCCGGCAUCGCGAGCCGCAUACAGGCUCUGCAUGAAAGAGUGCUGAAUGCAACCCAGUCGUCCCUGCCGUUGAGUGAUCAAGAGCGCAGGUUCCGUGCUGAAGCGGAACGUGUCAACGGCCUCCUAAACAACAAAAAGCCCACUUUGGCCAGUCGCGUCUCAGAUCUGGGUCCGGAGUUCGGCCGGGUCACGACGUCAUCUCCGCCGGCCAAUCCUUCUUCGUGGGCAGAAAUUCAAGGCCUAAAAACUCGUUUGGCAGGCAUUCAAACCAGCCUCACGAAACUCACUAGCGAGCUGCAAAGCGUGAAGGGCAGUGCAAAUAUCAUAAUUUCAUAA